AUGAGCCCACAAACUCGACGACAGGCCGCAAAGGCCCAAACCCCUUCUGAUUUGGAGCCUGAAGCUAGAUCCAACGACAACGGGUCUGCCAACGGCGUCGCGGAUGCUUCGGACGAUGCCCCUCGCGAGAACAUCUUCCUUUUCAUCCCCAACAUUAUUGGCUACGCGCGCAUCGUCCUUGCUAUCGCGUCACUGUACUACAUGCCCCUCCAUCCUCGUACUUGCUCGUUCCUCUACAGCGUCUCAUGUCUCCUCGAUGCCCUCGAUGGCUACGCCGCGCGUAUCUACGAACAGUCCACUCGCUUCGGCGCUGUUCUAGACAUGGUCACAGAUCGCUGUACUACAGCCUGUCUUAUUGUCUUCCUCUCUUCUGCUUUCCCUCGAUGGGCCAUUGUUUUCCAGGGCUUGAUUGCUCUUGACCUUGCCAGCCACUACAUGCAUAUGUAUGCUACUCUUGUUGUCUCAGGCACCAACGCCAGCCACAAGAGCAUUGAUGAGAGCAAGAACUGGCUAUUGCGCCUCUACUACACCAAUAAGAAUGUCCUGUUCGCCCUCUGCGCUCUCAACGAGCUCUUCUUCAUCGCCCUCUACCUCCUCUGCUUCUCAUCUCCUCUUGUCUCGCCCUAUCUCAUCAAGCCAAUCCAGACUGUCGGUGCCGAGCUUCAGGCUGGUGCUCAAGUCAACACUUCGAUCCUCGCCCAAAUCUUCCCCGACCCCUUCAGCCCUGCUGCCCUCGAGCUUGCGCGUGCGAACAAGAUGGAUUCUACAGUACCUUGGAUAAUUGCCGGGGUUAGCUUUCCAUUUAUGUUCCUCAAGCAGUUCAUCAACUGCGUUCAGCUUUACAACGCCAGCUUGGGCCUCGCCGAGAUCGAUCUCAAGACUCGCCGAGAGCAAGGUCUCCCCCGCCCCAAGCCCAAGACAGCUUAA